CAGAUGUUGAGCAUUGGACGGUCUUUUAAUCAGUCAUUUCCGUCUCCUCCAUAACUGCGACCUAUUGAAGUGUGUGUACGAAGCAAAUUAUGGAGUAGUUGUUGCCACUGGAACAAUUUGAUACUCUUCGCGCGGACGUGCGAGCUAGUAGCCAUGAUGAUCCCAAGGAAACAAAAAUGGACCCCUCUUGUAUUGCUAAUAAACUAUGGACUUGUUAUAUCAAAAAUCUCUGUUGGGGACCACUACUCCUCUCUGGAGUACUGGUCUCGUUUCUCCACUUUACAAUGUCAUUACUGAUUCUUCGGUUAAAUCUGGAUGCUCAGAUGUAUUGGGCAGUUGUGAAAGUCCUGACAGUUGUUCAGAUUUCUUAUCUGACAUAUCAACAAGCCGAAGCCCGGAUUCUGGGAGAGGUUGUGACUCAUUCCUUUCUGAUUAUGUGCCAGAGGACGUUCUUGAUUUCGUUGCUGACUACUCGACGCGUCGUCCAGAGGCUGAUUCUGAGUUUCUGUAUGAUGGCUACACUGAUGCAAACGCGAUUCCUUACUUACCACAACCUACUGACUUCCACAUGCCUCAAUUGCUCGGAGAAUCUCUCAACAUUGAUUGUUUAAAGCCAAAUUCAUACACAAGUGAUCUUAUCUUGUCAAAUGUUAGACGAAAUGUUCAUUCAAAACGACGUCGUGAGAUUAAUCGUGAGGCGUCAAAACGUUAUCGACAAAGGUUGAAGCAAAAGUCAUUGCAAACGCAACAAGAUCUUAGCCUUGUUAUUUCCGCAUAUGAGCAGUCCAAAUCAGCUUACGAGAAAGCUGAGCAUGCUUUUGAUGUGUUAAAGAAUAUUGUUCUUGAUCUGAUUAAUAUUGUUCCUCGGAAUUGAACCGCUUACUUCACUUUGUCCUCCCAGAAAGCCUGUACUGUCCAAUAUAUUUCUGAGCAGUGGUAUGGUAUCUUUUCUGACUAAAUAUGUACUGUCCUGAUUGCUGUGUUCGGUGGAGACAUGUCUGUGUUCACUCUUUGAAUGUGUAAUUCUCAUAUAUUACCAGCGUUAUUUAACUACCACAACAAGUGCUUCCUGUGUUUUUGUGUCUCAGAAUAUUAAAACAAUGUGCAAGUGUGUCUGGCGAAGUGUUAUUGUCACUUGCUUCGGCUUCAGGUUUCGAAUAUUCAAAAACCAACAUUUUAAUGACACGCGGAAGCACUAAAAUACCAAGAAAUGAAAAACCAGAAAAACUAAGACCAAAUAGUCGAAGUUAAUACCAGGUAGCAAGUACAUUCUCCACUUUUAACUGCAUAGUUAACUACAUAUGUCAGUAAAAAU